AAAAUUACAAGUUGCGGCCCGGUUUCCGUCUCUUCUUCUUCUCAUCCACCAGCAGCAGAGCGGAGAAGAAGAGACCUCGUCGGGAUCUCAUCUCCAACCUCUGCUCUGCUCCACCGUCGACAACCAACCAGCCGACCAAGCAGAAGCAGGGCAAGGGCAGCGAGGAUGACGUUCGACAAGGUGGAGGAGCUCCGGCCGGGCACCUACGGCCACAACCUCCAGCUCAGGGUCCUCAGCUCCAAGCCCGUCGUCCUCCACAGGCAGCACCAGGGCGGAAGGGCCGGCAACAACAUGCGCAUCGCAGAGUGCAUCGUCGGCGACGACACCGGGGUCGUCGUAUUCACAGCACGCAACGAGCAAGUGGAUAUCAUGAAGCCCGGGGCGGUCGUGGAGGCGAGGAAGGCGAGGGUGGACAUGUACAAGGGGUCGAUGCGCCUGGCCGUGGACAAGUGGGGGACGCUCAAGGCCGCCGAGAGCCCGGCGGACUUCAAGGUCAAGGAGGACAACAACGUGUCCUUGAUCGAGUUUGAGCUCAUGACCGUUCUGCAGUGAAGCAAUUGAAGAAGCCUCCUCCUCGCCUAGGAGGAGGAGGCAGAGGAUGAUGCUCAGCAGCUGUUAGGCUGAGCAAAGCAAUAAGCCGGCCAAUCAUGGCUCAUGUUUUCUCUUUUCUCUCUCUGUUUUUAACUGAAGUUUUGUUAGUGCUGCUAUCUUGGAUCGAUUGUUACUAGUCCUGUGAUGAGUAUGUUGAUGAGAUGAUGUAUCCAAUCAGAUUGUGUUGUGGCACCAGGUCAGGUGUGAGUGAGUCCUCUCCCUUUGUGUUAGACCUGGUAUUAAUUAAUCAUAUAUAUACUGGUAUUGAGCAAUGGUGACAUAUAUUUAUGA